AUCACGUGCCGCAGCACAACAAUAAUAAGGAAGUAGAUUUUUUGGGGGGGGUAGAUGUUGUCUGACGCAUUGUGCCUUUACUGGCGUUAAAAAGAUGGGAUUUUUAGCCGUUUGUGUGUUUGCUGUUUGUUGUAGUUGCUCAUGUGGAUUGUCGGGCGAGAACGAGCCAGUCCAGACAUUUGUCAUCCCCCACAGUCACAUGGAUGUUGGCUGGGUGUACACCGUUCAGGAGAGUUUGCACGCCUAUGCAGCCAACGUGUACAGCAGUGUGACCGAGGAGCUGUCAAAGGCUAAAGACCGCAGGUUCAUCGCUGUGGAGCAGGAGUUCUUCCGCCUGUGGUGGGACACCGUGUCCACAGACUCCCAUAAGAGACAAGUGCGAGAGCUCGUAAAAGAAGGUAGACUCGAGUUCAUCCUCGGGGGCCAGGUGAUGCACGACGAGGCUGUGACUGAUCUAGAAGAUGAGAUCUUGCAAAUGACAGAGGGACACGGUUUCCUCUACGAGACGUUCGGGGUGCGUCCUCAGUUCUCCUGGCACGUGGAUCCAUUUGGAGCCUCUGCCACCACGCCGGUGCUGUUCGCCCUGGCAGGGUUCAACGCCCACCUAGUCUCACGCGUCGACUACGACCUCAAAGACACCAUGCAGAAAAAGAAGAAACUACAGUUUGUAUGGAGAGGUUCUCCCUCUCUAAAAGGGAAGCAGGAAAUCUUCACUCACAUCAUGGACCAGUUUAGUUACUGCACUCCAGCUCAUCUGCCGUUCUCAAACAGUUCUGGCUUCUACUGGAACGGAGUGGCCUUGUUCCCCGACCCACCUAAAGACGGAGUCUACCCCAACAUGAGUUUGCCCGUCACCAAAAAGACGCUGCGUGCCUACGCCCAGACCAUGGUGGACAACAUCAAGCAGAGGGCGGCUUGGUUUAGGACUAACCACGUUCUCUGGCCAUGGGGCUGCGACAAACAGUUCUACAACUCGUCUGUACAGUUCAGCAACAUGGAUCCUUUAAUGAAGUACAUCAACCAGAACAGCAAAGAGUUCGGGGUGACGGUCCAGUAUGCCAGUCUAAGUGAAUACUUCCAAGCCAUCCACCAUUCAAACCUUGUCUGGGAGUUACGGGGGAGUGAAGAUUUUCUUCCGUACUCCACCGAACCUUACCAGGCCUGGACGGGAUUUUACGCCUCCAGAAAUGUUUUGAAAGGAGUGGCACGGCAAGCUAGUUCCCAGCUUCACGCAGCCGAGACUCUCUUCACCCGGUACCGGAUCAGCUUCCCCGACGGACCUGUGGCUAAAGACUGGGCCCUGGACAAACUGAGAGCCCUUCGCUGGGCUGUCUCUGAGGUGCAGCACCACGAUGGAAUCACUGGCACAGAGUCUCCGAAGGUGGCGGACAUGUACCUGCGGCAUCUCACGCAGGCCACGAUGAAAGUGGAGGAGCUUCUCGCCGCACUCAUCCUGCUGCCGCACAACCUCGACAUCACCAGCGUCCUCAACAACCGCUACCACCGAAGAGGUGUGCACCAGACUCUGGAGCAACAUGUCAUCGUUUACAACCCGUUGGCGUGGAACGUCACCACCGUCAUCAACGUAACGGUGUCCUUCCUGAAUGCAGCCGUCUUUGAUGAGGAUGGGCAGACUGUGCCCGCACAGAUCCAGAGAUCCGCUCAGUCCAAUGUGACCUACGACCUUUUCGUCGUGGUGGAGCUGGGGGGCCUUCAGCACCGAAAGUACCUGAUCAAGUUCCCCGACAAGCCGUGCACCGGCAGGUCCAAGUGCGGUCGGACCUACGGAGCCGAGGGGGUCUCGUUUGAGAGACGCCGUGUCCGGGACUGGACGAGAACGGGGAGGCGGCUUCUACCGGUCCUGAGCGAAUGUUACAAGCUCAUGUUCGACCAGGACACCAAUCUGCUGCACAGCAUCACUUAUCUUGAGGAGAAAAGCAGGGUGAGGGUGACUCAGGAUUUCUGGGAGUACCACGCAAACGGAGACGUAAAAGCAGGGCCCAUCUCCGACAACUACAUGUUCAGCACCAACGGCUCCGCUGCGCGGGCCUACCAGGCUGUGGAAAUGGAGAUCGUCCCUGGGAAGAUCGUGUCUGAGGUCAGGCAGUACUUCUUCAGGGAUGAAAGUGAUAAAGACUACGCUUACUCAAUCACCACCCGCGUCCCGGAAUGUUUCGGGACCGGAGCGCGGUGUCGCAGGCUGGAGCAGACCUAUUCGCUGGGGCCCCUCCACCUAAACACAGAGGUCGUCCUCCGGACCGCCACCGCCCUGAAGAACAACAGGACCCUGUACACAGACGACAAUGGCUACCAGAUGAUGAAGAGGCCGUACAGGAAGUUCACUAAUAACACCGUAGCGAGAAACUACUUCCCAAUGGUCCGUACCGCCUACAUCGAGGAUGAGCACAGCAGACUGGCGCUCGUCAGUGACAGAGCCCACGGCGCGUCCAGCCAAGCCAGCGGACAACUAGAGGUCAUGCUCCAUCGACGUCUUUGGAACAACCUGCCCUGGAACCGCGGCUACAACCUGACCCUGAACGACACCUCAGUCGUCAGGCCCACCCUGUGGAUGAUGCUGGGCUCUGUCAGUGGCACCUCGGCGCACUACCAGAGGGAGGCAGUUGAGCUGCAGCACAGACCAGUCAUCAUGCCCAUAGACCAACCUCAGAGGCCCUGGCAGGAGAAGGAGCCCAGGGGAAGUUCUCCCGUGCGUCCAGUCGUUCUGCCGCCGAACCUCCACCUGCUCAGCCUCAGCAUCCCCGGAUGGAACUACAGCUCGGAUCACGACGUUCACCUCGCUCACGUUCACGCAGGUAAAGAUCUGCACUCGGAGCCGGACUAUGACCGGGUCCUGUUGAGAAUCAUGCAUCUGUUUGAGGAGGGAGAAGAUCCUGAGCUUUCAAAGCCGGUCACCAUAAACUUGAAGGAGGUUCUGCGGGGCAUCGGGGAAGUGAAAGUGCUGCAGGAGCGUUCUCUCACAGGAACCUGGGACGUCGCCAGCCUGCAGAGGUGGAAGUGGAAGACUGCAGAUAAAACAGAGAACAAAGGUCGUGGGAGAUGUGGAGACGAAGCUUUCACUGUCACCAUCUCGCCCAAAGAGAUCAGGACCUUCUUCGUUCACUUCGCCUCCAAGGACUUUUAGGUUGAACUGUCUCUUUUCUUCCGUGAAGAUCUUAAGACAUGACACGACACGAAAAGAUGUGAUCAUUUAGUGUAAAUCAAUGCUCUCUUUUUUUUGCACAUUAUGUUGAUUUUGGUGAGGGAGCACCGUUGACUCUGGCUGAAUAAAGAUAUUAUUUUUUUUCAAA